AUGGCCUCGCUUCCAAAGACAAUGAAGGCGGUGUAUAUCGAGAAAACGGGCGGAACAGAAGUCCUGCAGUACAAGGAUGUACCUGUUCCUGAACCCAAGGAGGGCGAGGUGCUAGUCAAGAACGAGUUCAUCGGCAUCAACUACAUCGACACAUACUUCCGCUCAGGCGUCUACAAGGCACCAAGCUAUCCCUACAUUCUCGGCCGCGAAGGCGCGGGCACCAUCGCAGCUCCAGGCCCCAAUGUUCCCAGCGACCUGAAGCCCGGAGCGCGAGUAGCCUACAUGGCUAGUUCUGCAUAUGCAGAGUACGUGGCUGUGCCUACCACGUACACGGUGCCUCUCCCAGACUCGAUUUCCGCAAAAGUAGCUGCUGCAUCGCUUCUCCAGGCGCUUACUGCCGUGACGCUGAUUCGUGAGGCGUAUCCCGUGCAAAAGGGCGACUGGAUCCUUGUUACGGCCGCCGCUGGCGGCGUCGGCCUGUGGCUGUGCCAGUUGCUCAAGGCGGUUGGCGCACGCGUUAUUGCGACGGCGAGUACGGAGGAGAAGAGAAACUUGGCCAAGGAAAACGGCGCAGAGGUGCUGCUAGAGUACCACGAGGACGACCGAGGCGUUUUUGUGAAAAAGGUGCUUGAGAUUACGGGUGGCGAGGGCGUUCACGCGGUUUUCGAUUCCGUUGGCAAGGCGACGUUUGAUAGCUCGCUGGCUGUCGUUAGGCGGAAAGGAACCAUGUGUUCGUUUGGUAACGCGUCCGGGCCUGUGGAAGGAUUUGCUCUUGCCCGUCUGUCGGCGAAGAACAUCAAGCUCGUCCGGCCUACGCUGUUCAACUACCUCGCUACCCGCGAGGAAGCCUUGGCUGCUGCAAACGAGUUGUGGAACUUUAUUGAAAAGGAUGGACUAAAUGUCAAGAUUCACGAUGUUUAUGAUUUAAGCGACGUGGUGAGGGCGACACAGGACAUUGAGAGCAGGAAGACGACUGGAAAGCUGCUUCUGAAGCCUUAG